UUCAAAGUCCUUUCUCGACAAAGCCAAAGCGACAACCUCACCCUCGCAAUGUCGUCUUCUACAGAGAGCACCGAGAGCCCCGGAUUCGAUACUGUGCUUGACUUCAACAUGUUCGAGCCCCACGAUGAUGAAGAAGACCUCUUUUAUAAGAACAAACUGGUUGCACUUGUUGAGGGUGAAGUUACCCCUCGAGAGGCUGCAAUAGAAAUAGACACCUGCAUCACACACGACUCGAAGCGAUUGUACAAACUGCACCGGGCGUAUCACUUUCAUCCCGAUAGCUUGCCCGACGAGAUCCGUCGCCAAUUACCAUUACCUGACGGCAAAGAUGAGAGAGAGCUGGGAAUCUACUGCCCGAACCCCGGAGGACAUAUCGAAAUGUUUAUGCACUGGGUUUUCCGACUAGGCUCGGCCUUCCCGCCCGGCCAUGUCGGCCAAGACCGGCUGAUCGCGUUUCUGGAGGCGCUGCGUGAUCUACCAAGACGUAAGAUUGUUACUAUGGCAUCAUCCUCCGAUAAAAAAGUUGAGGAGAACAUGUAUACGACUCUGGAAGUAUGGCCGAUGGGGGGCCACUGGUUACUCUUGCAGAUGGUGGCUCAUUACGAAGAACAGGCUUACUUAUACCGCCUUUAUGCGGCUAAGCAACUGCCCCCUACGGAGAUAGAUCUCCGACUGCGGAACUUCCAGUCUGCCAUCGCGCGCAUGUCGGCACUGGAUCUGAUCGAUUGUGGGCGGCUCUCUUCGUUGGAGGGCAUCCUUCCUUCGCAUCCCUGGUACUCUGAUCUCAAUGAUGCCGAGGGUCAAGGGUUUGGCGAGGAUCAAGGGUUCCGAUGGCUUGCCGGUUGGAUCAUCGCAGGUGCGCAGUGGCUGCUCCGUGCUGAAGUGGGGCGCUAUGUCUGUCAACAGUGUCUGAAGAGGGAGAAGAUCGUCGAACGGUCGGAGAUCUGGAGCAUGGAGAGGUGGCGGCAGUGGAAGGAUCAAUUUGCAUUCGCUGCAAAUGAGGCAAGGGUUGGCGUACACGCUCAAGAGCUGGCCCGGUUGUCUCUGCAGAAGAUGACUGACUACGAAGGUGGAGGGCGUGCUACUGCGGGGGGUGGUUUGUGAGGUAUCUCGAUGUGUGCAGUAAAGAUCGGCAGAGCGAAAUAGCUUGUCAAACCACACCUCCAAGCAUUGAGUUCCUGCAUAUCCUUCAUCUUGUUUCUGUGAAUGGUAGUUACCUUCCAAGCCUUUUUUGGGACCGGAA